CAGAAAUACAUAAGGAUGGGAAUUAGCAAAUACCACUUGGAGUCUAAAAUGUCCACUGAAGGGCAAAGAGUUGAUGAUAGCCCAAGCACUAGUGGAGGCAGCUCUGAUGGAGAUCAACGUGAGGGAGUUCAGCAAGAGCAAGAAAGGGAGCAGGUUCAACCCAAGAAAAAGGAGGGCAAGAUCUCUAGCAAAACAGCUGCUAAACUAUCAACUAGUGCUAAAAGAAUUCAGAAAGAACUUGCAGAAAUUACAUUAGACCCUCCUCCAAACUGUAGUGCCGGACCCAAAGGCGACAACAUUUAUGAAUGGAGGUCAACUAUACUUGGGCCUCCAGGUUCUGUGUAUGAAGGGGGAGUUUUCUUCCUUGACAUUACCUUUUCACCAGACUAUCCUUUUAAACCACCUAAGGUUACAUUUCGGACAAGAAUCUAUCACUGUAAUAUUAACAGCCAAGGAGUGAUCUGCCUUGACAUUUUAAAGGACAACUGGAGUCCAGCAUUAACCAUUUCUAAAGUUCUUCUGUCCAUCUGCUCACUUCUUACAGACUGCAACCCUGCUGACCCUCUGGUUGGAAGUAUUGCCACUCAGUAUAUGACUAACAGAGCAGAACAUGACAGAAUGGCCAGACAGUGGACCAAGAGAUAUGCUACAUAGGAAUCUACCAUAGAACAUGCUGGACCUGUGCAAGCACAUUCACUAAGUGCAUCAAUAGCCCUUCCCUUCCCUUCGUUCUUAUUUUUUAUUAAAUUUUGAACAAUUUUGUGACAAAAGGUUUUCCUUCCUUUCUUCCUGUUUUAUUUUUAUUUGUUUUUGUUUGUUUGGUUUGGUUUUUCAUUUUUGUUAACUUGAAAGUUGCUUCCCUCAAAUGUAGACAGGGAAUUUUGGUUAUCAGUGCAAAGAAUGUUGGAUCUGUAAUAGUAUAGCGCUUUGUCACAAAGCUUUGUAUUGAUGUGUGGUUUUUUUUCCUUUCAUGUGGUCUUGGGGAAAACAAAUAAAUUCAGAAUUAUAUCUUGUUUCUACUUAAAUGUAGUGUUUAGGGUUAUUUUUUUGUACUGAAGUCUUUAAUGGUGGGUGCAUGCUACUGGGAACAAGUUUUGUACAAAAGCUUAAAAUCAAGAAUCACUGUGCAUUACUAAGACUGUGUUUAUCACUAGCCUUCUGUUUCCCACACAAAAGGCUAUUGGGUUGAACAAAACAAUAUGUAUUUUGAUUUACUUUAAAAAAAGUGCUUGUAAAUUUCUUAGGGACCUGCCACUUUUGACUGUGGAUCAGUUGAUGUACACUUGUAUUAUUAAAGCACUCAAUAAAACACUGUGGCUGAUAAAUGCACUUUUUGUAAGACAGUGCUUUUGCUUUUUGUAGAGUGUAAAGGGAAUAGCUGUGCAUGCAAUUAUACUUGCAUAAUACCACUGCAACUUAAGCCAUUCUGUUUAGUCCUGAACUUUUAAUUUAUCCUUGACAAUAAGUGUCUUAACAUGCAGAAUUUCUCAAUAAGUUCAAACUUCAAUAUAAGCGUUUUUAAAUACAUUUAAAAAGCUACCCUGUUACAUCGUGGUGCCCAGCUACCCUGAAACCUCCUAUAACUCUUCUUUUCUAUAUCCAUCUUGUUUUAAUAGUUGGAGCAGCUGGUUACAAAAAUAGCCCCACC